GGAGAUUGAUGGCGCCUGCGGGCUUCUGGAAGCGCAGCCUGCAGGAAUUCUCGAGGCUGUCCAACAUUGCCAUCAGAGCCGAAGCAAUCAACCGUCCCGAGAAACCUUUUCCACUCGUCACAUUCAAUGAGGCCGACUCGCUCGAAAACUGCAAAGUCAUGUCCGAUGAAGACAUGGGCGGCUUCUCAAAAGUCAACUUCGAUUUCAUCCCAGCCAAGGCAGGCCAACCUUCACACGUUCGCUUCCACGGGACAAUCUCAAACGAGCUUCCUGCAAACAGGCCCGAGAUCCAACGUUCUGGAUACGCCGCCUGGCGCACAAGAGAUAUGGGCCGUACCCUGUUUGGCAAAGGACUCUGGGACCUCGACCCAUACAGCUACAUUGCUCUCAAAGUCAAGAGUGACGCUCGCAAAUACUUCAUCAAUGUCCAGACCGAAUCAAUCGUGCCCACCGAUCUACACCAGCACCGUCUGUACGCUCAGACGCCCGGCGAAUGGGAGACUGUCAUUCUUCCCAUCAGCGAAUUCGUCCGUACGAACCACGGCAUGGUUGUCGAGCCUCAGAGCGAUAUGAUGCGCCAGAAGGUUAGAAGUAUCGGGAUUGGUUUGAUUGACCGUGUUCCUGGUCCUUUCGACCUCUGCAUUGCUGAGAUCUAUGCUACCAACAACUCUGGCGGCAAGGAGUUUGUCAAAAAGCCUCCCACCAAAGAUGACCAUGAUCUGAUGAGCGAUGGUUUGUUGUUCAAGAAGUAGUAUAUAAUUCCCCAAUUGGCAUGUAUGGUGUACGGGCGUUUUGGAGCCAUGAUUCCAUCAUCAUGCUUUCUGUAUAUAAUUUUAUGAGCAAUCGCUCGAAUUGAGCGCGAUCGAUUAC